CCUGCCCAGCGGCGCCUCCCUCUCCACCCACAUGACGGCCGGGGCGGUGGCCGGCAUCCUGGAGCACACGGUCAUGUACCCCGUGGACUCGGUCAAGGUGGAAGUAGAGGUUGAAAUAAUUCUGUGAGCAUUUAUGUAGGAGAGUCCUCACCCUGCAGAAGAGGAGAGGAAAAUAUGGAAGUUUUUGCAGAUUCCGAACUUGGGAAGAGACUGGUUCCUGGGCUCUGUGCCAACAGAGGUGCACUUCUCUUUUGUGAAAGAGCCCCAAGGGCUUAGGCUGUAGCAGCCCCUGCUGGCAUGACGAUGGAAUGUCUGCAGUAUUGACCCGAAUGCAGAGUUUGCAGCCAGAUCCCAAAGCCCAGUAUGGGAGUGUGUAUGGGGCCCUGAAGAAGAUUAUUCACACUGAAGGCUUCUGGAGGCCUUUACGAGGAAUUAACGUCACCAUGCUGGGGGCUGGCCCUGCCCAUGCAAUGUAUUUUGCCUGCUAUGAAAAAAUGAAAAGGACUUUAAGUGACAUUAUUCACCAUGGAGGAAAUAGCCACCUGGCCAAUGGGAUAGCUGGGAGCAUGGCCACAUUGCUCCAUGAUGCAGUAAUGAAUCCAGCUGAAGUGGUGAAGCAGCGGAUGCAGAUGUACAACUCCCCCUACAAAACAGUCCUGGAGUGCAUACGGACAGUGCAUCGGACUGAAGGACUGGGUGCCUUCUACCGGAGUUAUACCACGCAGCUCACCAUGAACGUCCCCUUCCAAGCCAUUCACUUCAUCACAUAUGAGUUCAUGCAGGAGCAAAUCAACCCACGCCGGGAAUACAACCCCCGCUCGCACAUCCUCUCUGGUGCCAUCGCGGGAGCUGUGGCUGCCGCUGCCACCACACCCCUUGAUGUCUGCAAGACGUUGCUCAACACUCAGGAAAACAUGGCCUUGAGUUCGGUGAACAUCAGUGGGCAUCUCUCAGGAAUGGCCAAUGCUUUCAGGACAGUUUAUCAGCUGGGUGGUAUCCCCGGGUAUUUCCGAGGGGUGCAGGCUCGUGUCAUUUACCAGAUGCCUUCGACUGCCAUCGCGUGGUCAGUGUAUGAAUUCUUUAAGUACUUCCUUACGAAGCACAAGCUGGAAAAAAGAGCUCCUUAUUGAAAGACUUGACUAGAGCGAGCCUAAGGUUCAGAUGACAUUUGUAUAGACUCUGAGGGAUUCGCUCGUGUUGUGAAACAUGCAAGAUUUCUUGUGGAUUCACAAUUGAAUUUCACUUUUCUGUCAUUGGGGGCGAGGGGAAUUAAGUGGUCAUUGGAGAAAUUUGGCACCCUCUUUGCUAGAAUCUGAAGACUUUAAAAAAAAUAUUUAUAGCUUUAGAGAAGUGAAAUUACUGAUAUUUUUUUUCCUCUGGAUAAGCUCUAAGAUGUAGUGUUACCACUUCACCAGAAAACUUAGACUGCACCGGGGGGGAAAAAUGGUAUUGUGAGAUAUUUUAUAGCAAAGAAAUUAAAUAUCCUGUCGCUGAACAAACUUUUAUAUUUGACAUAAUAUAAAAUAGAUGGAUAAUGUUUAUCCUUUAUUUUUCUAUGUAGGAAUUUUGUUUUAAUACUAUUACAGCUGGAAGUUGAGCUGUUUAAAAAAAACAAACAAACUGAAUUCUUCCAUCAUGACACGUAAGAACCAAAGCAUUUAUUUUUGUUUAGCCAGAAUGGCUUUAAUCAUAGCAUUUAACCCAAAACAGUGGCCAGGAUUUUCAUUUGUACAUAGAUAAGCUUCCUCCAGUUUUAUGGCAUCCACUUGACACCUUAAAAGGGCCCAACUUUUAGAAAGUGUUGAGCAUAUGCCUUCUGAAAAUGGUCUGUUUAAGGGGUCUCAAGUUGGGCAGCGAAAAUCGGUGGUUGCUCUUGAAAAACCUUAGUUUAAUUGUUACUCCCAUAGCUGACUUAUGAUUGUACUUGAAAGAUGAGCAUUUUUGGCAAACUUAUUUUAAAGGUACGUUUUUGUGGUGUUUUAAUAGAGAAUAGGUUUCAUUGCUCUUAUUUAUUCAUAAUCUUAUUUUCCACUAACUCCUCGCUCCUGCUUACACAUGAGUAACUGUGCAGGACUCAUGCUCGCUUACAUGCAGAACGUUACUCUUGUGCAUAAAAGUGUGCAGGAGCAGAGUAUCGGUUUACAGUUCUGUAAGACAACUCAUCUUGAAUUGUAAGAGUUGCAUUCUGACCACAAGGAAACUGUCAAUCACAGUGCAAAAUAAGCCCUUGGAAAGUGAAACCUUAAACAGGAGAACAGCAGAAUCAAAACCUUUUUGUAAAGCAAAGCCAACAAACAGCAGCUGUUUGUUGUCCAAUUGGUAUGUAUAAAUGAAGUGUCCUAAAACCUAAAGUUGAGUGGAUUUUAGUCCUUUGGGGACUUUGUUUGCUGCUAUGAAAUCCUAUGCUUUAUUUUGUGCUUCUGUAGAAAAGAUCUCCGUGCGUUCAAAAAAGCACAUCUGACCUUCAGUUCUUUUUUUGUGGGCUUUUUUUUUUUUUGCAAGCUAGGUUUGUGGAUGGCUCCGCUUAGCCUUUAUAUCUCUUCUUCUUACAAUGUGAUGUUGAAUCCAAUGUUUACAAAGUAGAGGUACUGGGUUUGAGGCAAGGAAAACCUUUGACUGUUCUCCCCAAAUUAAUCCAACCACUGUCGCAAAUACAGGGUCUGAAUUUUAAAUGUCUAAUAUUUGGUCCAAAUUAUCUACUUUAGGUGCAGUAAUAUUGUAGAAGAUUGAAAAGCUUUUGUUGGUCUAAAGAGCAAAAGCUGAACUUGUUGCUGAACUAUAGAUGCUGAAUUUAUUAACUAAUAGCCAGUUGCCCACCUGUUGGGACUAGGUGGCUAACAUUACAAUCAAUGAAAAACCUAGCAGGAUUUUUCUGGUUUUAGAAAUGUAAGUGAAUAAUAAUCCCAUCCCCUUUGAAGGGCAAUCAGUGUGGAAAGGUUGAUUCUACCUGAGAACUGUUCACCUACUAGUCAAACAACAAACAUUUAAACAUUCCUAAAACUGAUACUGCAGCAGACAGUAUUUCUCUAUUUGCUUGUUUUUUGCAUUUGACAACUUUGAAUAAGAUCAUUUUUGCUGUUUCUCCUGUUUUUUUUGUUUGUUUGCUAUGUGAAAAACCCAUACAAAAAAACCCAGACAAUGUGGAAGAACCC